AUGGCCGAGGAAGCUGAAACGAUCGUGCCCCCACCUCCGAUGAAAUGGAAAAUCCCAAUCUUCGUUUUCUUCAGAGAUGUCAGUUAUGUUUUCAAAAGGGAUGAGCUUGGGAUGGAAAUACUGCGGAUUGCACUCCCGGCUGCUCUGGCAUUGGCUGCCGACCCCAUUGCAUCUUUGAUCGACACUGCAUUUAUCGGCCAUUUAGGUCCAGUAGAAAUAGCAGGGGUGGGAGUUUCGAUAGCGAUAUUAAAUCAGGCCUCAAAAGUCACCAUUUUCCCGCUCGUUAGCAUCACCACCUCAUUCGUGGCAGAGGAGGACACUGUCGAAAGAAUCAACGCUAAAAACGCAGAAAAUGACGACGACGACGACUUGGAGAAAGGGUGUAAGAAAAAUGGAAACAAUAAAUCAACCACAUCACAAGAUGAGAACUCCGAGAACUCAGAAGAAAAGAAGGCGACACGCAAGAGUGUAGAUGCUUCAUUUGGCGUCAUGAGCAAGGCGAAGACCAAAAGCAAGCGUCGUAAUAUUCCUUCUGCAUCGACUGCUCUGCUUCUUGGGGCUAUUCUUGGGCUUUUCCAGACAUUGCUCCUCAUACUGCUAGCUAAGCCAUUCUUAGGUUUCAUGGGCGUCAAAUCGGGAUCGCCGAUGUUAGCCCCAGCACUAAAGUAUCUAACAAUAAGAUCAAUCGGGGCACCGGCUGUUCUUCUUUCCUUAGCCAUGCAAGGCGUGUUUCGAGGAUUUAAGGAUACUAAAACCCCUCUUUAUGCUACGGUUAUAGGGGAUUUGACGAACAUUAUUUUGGACCCGAUCUUCAUAUUCGUGUGCCGAUGGGGUGUGAGUGGUGCAGCCAUUGCACACAGCCUUUCACAGUACUUAAUAUGUGUGAUUCUCCUGUUCAAAUUAAUGAAACAAGUGAAUCUGUUACCUCCAAGUUUAAAAGAUCUACAGUUCAGCAAGUUUCUCAAGAAUGGUUUCCUUUUGCUAGCAAGAGUAAUAGCCGUUACAACCUGCGUGACCUUAGCUGCCUCAAUGGCGGCAAGGCUCGGCCCGACUCCAAUGGCCGCCUUUCAGAUAUGCCUACAAGUCUGGCUCAUGUCUUCCCUACUUGCUGAUGGCUUGGCAGUUGCUGGCCAGGCGAUUCUUGCUUGCGCUUUUGCUGAGAAAGACUAUCAGAAAGCAGUGGCUGCUGCCGCUCGAGUGCUUCAGAUGGGCUUCGUUCUAGGACUCGGGCUAGCAGUAUUUGUAGGACUUGGGCUCCAGUUCGGGUCCGGAAUAUUUACCGGUGAUCGAAAUGUUAUUCGCGUGAUCGCCAUUGGAGUUCCGUUUGUAGCAGCUACACAACCUAUAAACUCAUUGGCAUUUGUGUUUGAUGGAGUUAAUUUUGGAGCAUCUGACUUUGCAUAUUCUGCAUAUUCUAUGGUUCUUGUGUCCAUUGUAAGCAUUGGGUCCUUGUUUUUUCUGUCUAAAAGUAAUGGUUUUGUUGGUAUAUGGCUUGCUUUGACCAUUUACAUGGGCUUGAGGACAUUUGCUGGCCUCUGGAGGAUGGGAACAGGAACGGGACCAUGGCAAUUUCUUAAGCGUCGAACUCAAUCAUCAACGUCGAACGACAUAUGA